AAUCGGACAACACACACCGCUGAUAAGAAACGACACCAAACCCAAUCCCCGACAGAAUCGAAGAUGAAGGACCUCUUCUGGCACCUGGUGGGCAUAGCCACCGGCCUGAAGAUCCUCCUGAUUCCUGCCUACCACUCCACAGACUUUGAGGUACAUCGCAACUGGCUGGCCAUCACCCACAGUUUGCCUCUGGAGCGCUGGUAUGUGGAGGCCACCAGCGAAUGGACCCUGGACUAUCCGCCCUUCUUCGCCCACUUCGAGUGGAUGCUAUCGCAGGUGGCCAAGUACGUGGACCCGCGGAUGCUGGAUGUGCAGAACCUUAACUACGAGUCCAAGGGCACCGUCUACUUCCAGCGGCUCUCGGUGAUUGCCACGGAUCUGGUCUAUGUGCUCGGCGUGCGCAGCUGCCUAGGGUCAUUGGGCUUGGCUCGGGACACCCAGCAGCAUUUUGCCGGCUCCAUGUUGCUGCUGCUCAACGUGGGACUGCUCUUCGUCGAUCACAUCCACUUCCAGUACAAUGGCUUCCUGUUUGGCAUACUACUCCUGAGCAUCGGCGCCCUCAUCCGGCAGCGGUUCCUUUGGAGCGCCUUUGCUUUCGCCGUGCUGCUUAACUUCAAGCAUAUCUUCCUGUACAUGGCUCCCGCGUUUGGUGUCUACCUGCUGAGAUUCUAUUGCCUGGAGCAAGCGAAUGUGGUGUCCACGGUGGCCGCCCUUGUCAAACUGCUGGCUGUGGGACUCACACCGUUCGCCGUGUCCUUCGGACCCUUUUGGCAGCAGUUGCCGCAGGUGUUUUCCCGCCUGUUCCCAUUCAAACGCGGCUUGACGCACGCCUACUGGGCGCCCAACUUCUGGGCACUCUACAACACCGCCGACAAGGUGGCCGCUGGCAUUCUGAAGGUCCAGGACGCCGGCGCCUCGACCACGUCGGGAUUGGUGCAGGAAGUCCGGCACUCGGUGCUGCCGGCCAUCACACCACCCGUGACAUUCGCCCUGACCGCUCUCUUUAUGCUGCCCAUUCUGGUGAAGCUCUUUCGCAGUCCCAAGAAUCAAAGUCCCCUGGUCUUCCUGCGAGCCGUGGUGCUGUGUGGCUGCUCCUCCUUCGUCUUUGGCUGGCAUGUCCACGAAAAGGCCAUUUUAAUGGUGCUCAUCCCGCUUUGUCUGUUGACCCUGGUGAACAGGGAGGAUGCCCGAUAUGCCUACAUCCUGGGCGUUGCCGGCUACUUCUCGCUGUUUCCGCUGCUCUUCGACGCGGAUCUGUACAUUCCCCGGUAUUCCCUGUACAUGUCAUACGUGGCCAUGCUGUACGGUCAAUUGUACCGCAUCUUUCCCAACUUCCGGGGCUUCCACGCGCUGGAGUGGCUCUACAUGCUGGGCUUCCUGGCCAUUCCGCUGUACGAGCAUCUGCUCUCGUUCCUCCUCCAUCUGGACAAGCGCCUGCCCUUCCUGCCGCUGCUGCUGACCUCCGUGUACUCGGCACUUGGAGUGCUUUACUUCUUUGGGGCCUACUAUCUCUACGCCCUGGGCUUCAGCUGGGGCAAGGUGACCCCAACGGGCACCUCCUCCUCUUCCACAUCCGCUGUUAAGAGAAAACGAAAAACCAAAUAAACGGAACAGUAGAAUGAGCUUCGGCUUCAGCAGAAA